AUGACCACUUUACAAACAAUUGGCGUUGAUAAAUCUCCCAUUGAAUCAUUAGCCUCACUUGAGUUAGAAUUUGUUUCUUAUAAAGAUGCACUUAGCCAAUGGGGCCUAUAUAAGAAUAAAGAUGAAUUAUGUCCUAGCCACACAGAAUUUGCAGUGGACGGGGAUUCACUAAAGAAUUUGUCGGGAAACAAUGAGAAGCAGAUGUGUAUGGAAAUGGUGGACCAUGACGACCAUUCAGAAUUUGUUAUUGAUGAACAUGCUUCUUCUUGUUCUAACGGAAUUAUUGUGAACGAGAAUGAUCAAGAAAUUGAUGUUGAGAUCGAUUUGGAGGGUUUUGAUAUUGAUUUUCAAGUUUGCAAUAACACUUUAGCAAUUUUUGGAUCUAGCAAACCAACAGAGGACUUAGAUUCGAGCUCUGAAACCGCCUCCCCUAAUCCAUCGACUGCUACAUUCAGGCAUGGACGUAGAUAUCAAUCAUUUUGUCACCCAAUAAGGCUAUCCACAGAUUUUAACGUCAAUAAGAUUUUUUCAAUAUUUAUCGACGGAAAAAUGCACAUUAAAGUUCCAAAAAAAAAUGGAGUUGAUAUAAUUGAAGAAUCGCUGGCGGUGGGAUAUUGCGCCAUUUGCAAAUGGAAAGAAUGUUUAAGUAAAUCUUUUCUCGGUCUUUCAUUUACGGAAGAAUAG